AUGGCCUCCGAUGCCGUCAACCACCCAAGUCCCGCAGGCUCCGUGGCUUCAUCGGUGACCCCCGGCCUGAAUUACAACAAUAAUAAGCGUAGUGCUCCGGACCACCCAAGCCCGGCGGGCCCCGGGAAUGCCGAAGUUGUCACUCCCGCCGGCGCCGGCACGUCGCCCGCUUCUCAACCACCCGGCGAUUCAAACAAGAAACGCCGUGUCGGUCCUGGCUCCAGGGGCGUCGCCAACCUGACGCCGGAGCAACUGGCCAAGAAGCGCGCCAACGGUGAGCACAAACUUCUCUCGCUCACCUACCCACUCAUCUCAUGCCUCACUGCACACAUGACUUUCUCGUACUCCGUGAUCUUCACCUUCCGUCCCAUUUCCAGCAUUCCUUCGAAACUAGUGCUCGCUGUCGUCCUCACCACCCCCUGUUCACUCACUGCACACCACCCUCGCACACAUACAUCCUUCUCCACAACAUUGACUGGCUCCUCCUCCCCCCUUUCCCACCUCGAUGACGACACACCCGCUAACCGAAGUUCCCAUCGGCCCCGAUCAGACAGGGAAGCCCAGCGAGCCAUCCGCGAGCGCACAAAGAACCAGAUCGAGAACCUGGAGCGCCGUAUCCAGGAGCUGACCUCCCAGCAGCCCUACCAGGAGCUGCAGGCCGUCCAGAGGGCCAAGGAGGCCGUCGAGGCCGAGAACGCGGACCUGAAGCGCCGUCUGGCCACCUUCAUCGCCUCUAUCCAGCCUCUCAUCUCUGCAUCUCCACCGAGCCAACCGCCACCGCCGCCGGCAGACCCGCACCCUGCCGUCUUCCCAUCUCCAAGCGGCAGCUACUCUCAGGUCCACCAGCACAACGGGCCCAUCUCAGCACACAAUGCCUCAACGCCCAACAGUGCGGCCUCCCCGGCCUCCAUCGACCCGACCGCCGGCUGGCAAACGACGCCCAACGGCAGCGGUGGUGGAGGAGGAGGAGGUCCUGUCUCGGACCUCUCCCCCCCGAACCACAUGUACGCCGCGAGCAAGAUGCUCGACCAGCAGCGGCAAGGGCUCCGCCACGGCCUCGACCUCGGCCCGGAGCGUCUCGGUCUAGACUUUCUCCUCCUCGACCAGAACGCCCGCGUCGGCAAGAUCCAGAGCGGCGUCAACGGCGCCCAGGACACGCCGAGCUACAACCACGUGCCCAUGAAGCACGACUGGACCGGCGUCGGCCCCGUCACACACAGCCGGAGCCCUUCCCUCAGCGGGCCGACCGUCCACACCCCGCGAUCACAGGUCGACUACCCUCAGCAGCAGUCGCAAGGACAGCAACAACAACAACAACACCAACCGUCAUCCUCUGCUCCCCCAGAAUCCCGAGCCCUAGGCCACCACACGGCCGAAGUAAAGAACUGCGGCCCAACCUGCCCCCUCGACAGCCUCCUCCUCGACUUCCUCCACGAGCGCCGCCAACGCGCCGCAGACGGCCUCUCCACCCACGAGAUCAUCGGCCCGCGCUACCCCUCCGUCCUCUCCCUCCUCAACCCGGCGAACAGCAAAUACUCCCACCCGCUCUCCAAAGUCUUCACCGACAUCCUCGCCACCUUCCCCGACCUCUCGGCCCUCCCGCAGCGCGUCGCCGUCCUCUACAUCAUGUUCCUCAUCAUGCGCUGGCAGAUCUCCCCCACCCAAGAAAACUACGACCGCCUGCCCGAGUGGGCGCGCCCUCGCCCCGCGCAGCUGUUCACCGAGCACCCGGCCUGGAUCGACCACGUCCCCUUCCCCGCGAUGCGCGACAAGCUGUGCCGCGACUAUAACCCGCGCGAGUACCUCUUUGACAACUUCUUCGUGCCCUUCACCACGACGCUGAGUCUGAACUGGCCGUACGAGGAGACGGAUACGCUGCUGCAGGUGCCGGAGUCGGAUGAGGUGCUGAUUAACCCCGUCUUUGAGCGGCAUCUGCGGAGGCUGGAGAAUUGGACGUUGGGCCAGGCUUUCAACCAGACGUUUCCUAAGCUGAGGGAGACGUAUAAUUUGAAGGAGUGA